GUCGGCGGAAGUGUCGGCCCUUUAUUUCAAAAUCGGAGUGAUGUCAAACAACAGCGGCAGGCUCACAAAGUCAGCUGUCUUCCAGCCACCAUAUUCACCACCUACACACCAGGAUUAAGAAGUUACGACGACCCCCGGGAUGUAGCCUAUACAUUCUGCAGGUAGCGAAUACAAUGUUUUUAUUUUAAAUAGCCACCACGACGUCGCCCAUCAUCGGCUUAAUCGUCACAGUGUAUCUGAACCUAUACGCGCAGGCGAUUACAACAUCUAUAUAUAUUCAUGCGUGCGGUUUGAAAUGCUUCACUAAGCAGCGUUUGAAUCUCUUCUUGCAGGCUGAAAACCUGUUAAAGAUCAUGCGUGUCAGUUAGAUAUACCUUGCCCUCGGCUGGCGGACCAGUGUGUGUCAGUUAUCCGUUUCAUGUCAACUUUGACCGAUUUGAUGUGCAGAUCAAGGAAAAUUUGCAUUUGACGUUUUAUACUAUCAAAGGUUUUCUCCCUUUCAAAAUGGGCGGGAAGCUUGCAUAAAACUCAACGCAGCAUUGGAUGGACUUAUCUAAUUCCCUCGCGGAACAACAGUGUACCCCGUGUAGUUUUUUUCCUCUUUCAUGCAGGGGUCGUUUGAAGACGGCGAUAGUGGCUUGAAUUGAAAUGACAACAUCUGCGAAUGCCACGAACGGAUCGCAGUUCUUCAGCCCAUUGCACCUGCAUAUAGUUAAUAUCAAAGGACUCGUGAAAGGGCACGGAGGAGAAGUCCCAGAUACGAGCAUGUUUUCAUGUAGACCGAGGGACUGCUAUUUUCUGCUAUAGACCUUUGAAGGGCUUGAAUGUGAGAUCAUUUGUUCCUGGACUUGUUUUGGUUUUCAUCACGCGAAAAACGAGACGUUCAUAUCUGCCGCCUCCAUACCAAUAGGCUUUGCGCGCAAGCGCUUUUUUUCUCUUCUCCACCACGGUGCUUUGUGUAUUUAGGAUGAGUAAAACAACGUAAGUCUCGGUUUUAUUUCUAAUAAAUAGGCGUUUGGGAGUCAAGCCUUUACGUUUAUCACAACCGUGGUGUCUGGACAGAAAGCUUAAUGUCAUGCACGGACACGGGGAGGAACUUCUCACAGAGGUCGUAUAAAAGAGGAUGUGUGUUUUAAUUUUUCGUAUUUUUCCCCCUAAAAUCGAUAAACGUAUGUGUUUGAUCGCUAUGGUGUGACAUCCCUGUUUUCUGCGCUAGUUCUGAUGGCUUCAGUAGGACGAUAUUAACGUGGGCGGACCUUGGCUCAUCUCCAACGGAUAUUUUUUUAGGGGGGCUAAAGGAUCGGACUAUUUACUACAGCUUUGUAGUACUUCUCGUCACCAUCAAGAUUUUCCAUAUAAACCAACGGACAUCUUUUAAAGCUAAGAUCAGAGACAUUCUACCUCUUCAGCACUUUGUCAGGAUAUAAUGGCCGAAGCCACGGCUAUAGAUAGGUUGAGCACUGCAGCUGCGAGAGGAGAUCUGAAGGAAAUUGAGACGAUAUUGCAAAGCAACGUUAACGUUAAUGAAAGGAACAAGUACGGCAGGACACCAUUGCAGGUGGUGAAACUUGGCUGCCCGUCCGUGGCUUUGGCGCUACUUCUUGCAGGCGCGGACCCAAACGCGCGCGACCCCAUCGGAGGACUGGCCGUCAGUCACGAUGCUGCAAGAGACGGAUUUCUGGACACCCUACAGGUGCUCGCGCAGAAUGGUGCUGAUGUCAAUCUCCUUGACAACGAUGGCAACCUGCCUCUGCAUCUGGCUGCGCGGCAAGGACACCUAGAUGUCGUGGAGUAUCUCGUGUCUCAGUGCAACACGCAGCCCUUUCAGCCAAACGCAAAAGGCUACACACCUCGUGAUCUGGCGUUUAUGCACAAACAACACAGGACUGUGGAGUGGUUAGAGAGCAUUGUGCAUUCAGAAUCAGCAUAGAGAUUUUAAAGAGACUCGGAGAGAGAGACUGGCCUAAAGGCCUAUGUUAUUUGAUGUGUAACAGAGGUAGCAGAUGCGAUUUGUUGCAUUAAAGAAAAUUCUGCUAACUACCUCUUAUUGAAACUUAUAUAUAAAAUAUUGGAGUUCGGACUCAGGGGCGUGUGUUUUUGUGAAGAACAAAUAAUUUUUCAAUUGACGUUACUGGUAAUCCACAUGACUUUUAUAAGGAUAAAAAAUAAUUGAUUGGCUGAAUUGUUCCUGUUUUGUUCAGUUUUUUCUGGGAGGGGUGUCUCGGACAUUUAAAUAUUUCUUUAUGGCUGUUGAUAAAUAUUUUUCUGCAUUUCUGAUUUAGAGAUAAUUUCACUAACUUUGUUAAACUUCAACAAAAAAGUCAAACGUGUGCUAUAUGUCCAAUACAAAAUAACUCAAUUGUUUGUUGAUUAUCUGGUUAAUUGCAUUAAGUGUUUAAAAAUAUACUUUUUAGUUGCACUAUAAUUCCCCUAACAUAACCGAUUGCUCUUUGUUAUGUUUGUUUUUAUGACAAGGAACUUGCACUUUUGCUUGUAAUAUAUUUUAACAUUUUGUCAGGAUUUAACUGUGAAAGAGUGCCUUUUGUCCAAUUGAAAAUAUUAAAUCUUUGCUAAACAACCAAAGAGCUGUUAAACGGUUCCAGUAUCACGAAGUGUGUUUAACUCUGGCCUAGAGUCACUGAUAUACGGGUAGGCCUAGAAAACAUUUGACUGUAUUAAAUAGGUUAUAACAACCUGGACACAAAUAAAAUAUUGGACUGAACGUUGAAAACUGCUGUUUGAUGUUGUCAAAUGUUCAAAACACACAAAUAAAACGCUGUGACGUUA